GUCUGACUCCGGGGAGCUCGCUCCUCUGCCCCUGCACAAGGCUURAUUGUAUAACUGCCCGACUCAAGGAUAAAAGUGUCCAAGCAGCGACAGACCACACAGUCCGCCUGACCUGGCCCCUCUGGUAAGACUACACCCCCACGACAAACCCAGUGUGACAAGAUGAGUGAAGAAUUAGUCAACGGGACAAACUGGACAGUUGGAGAGCAGCAGAGAUAUCCUGGGUGUGAUGAAUAUGAUCCAGAUUUUCACCUUGUGUUAAACAGAGCUGGUGACCUUCCUGUGACGUCUCCAUGCGCCAGAACACAUCACCAAAAACAGCUAAAAGAAAAAAAUAUCAAAUUUUUAUCCAAAAGAAGCAAUAAUUUGAGCUCAGAGACACUCAUACUGCCAUAAUAUAACACAGUGAAAGGAUUUUAGAAAAUUCAGGCCACAGUGACAAAAACAAAAGGUCUCAAACCAUUUAAAAAAACGUCAGUGGUGGGAGGGGUGCAAGAAGAGAGCAAAAGGUAGAGAAAGUCCGAGCCGUAGUGAAAUCGAGACCAACUCAGGAGGAGGUCAGCGCCUAGUGUGAUGGCAGCAACAUGUUUAAGAAGAAACCUGCAGACACUUGAAGACAAAAAUGGAUCAUAACUGCUGGUGAGUUCAGGAUGUUUUAUUCUGCUGUUAGCUAUUUAAAAUACAAGGUAUUACUUUUUUUUAAAGCAUAUUAUUAAAAGUUGCAGUUUGCAAACCUAAUUGUGAACACUGCUGGUGUAAAAGUGGUAAGAUGAUGUGUAAGCUGGUGUUUCUGCAGUAAUAUUUUCUGAGUUAAAAYAAGUGAAACAGCAGCRUGCGUGCUUUUUACUGUUUGCAUGUUCGACAGGUUUAAAAGCCUGAAGGUGAAGAUGUGACGGCUGUUUGCACGCUGGCAUGAGAUGACCAUGCUGAAGAAAGGGUCAGGAAUGGCCUCUCUUAACCUGACAGGCGUCAUCAUUUGUUUGGUUUUACUCAGACAAGGAGCAUCUGAGAGGACAGGAAGUGAUAAAGUGGACCAGAGAGAUGCUACCUUAAAAGAGAUCCUUUCAAGAUGGAGUAAAGAUGCCGGUUUGAGUUCUCACCAACCCCCACCGGGAACAAAGAAGGACCAGUCGACCACUUCUUGGAUGAGGAAUAUCAUUGGGAGCCUAAAAACCCUUUUCCCCAACAAGAACUUGCCUUCGUUAAACAAGCAGAUAAACAGACAUCGUCUCUCUGGGUUCCUCUACAACAUCUCUCUGUACCUCCAGGAGAUGGGGGCUGAGCUGGAGGAGGUGCCCCCGGAGCCGGACGAGGAGCAGCUGUGGGAAAAGGUGCUGCAUUUUUUUCUGCAGUCUGAGGGGAACGCUGCGCUGAACCAGUGGAACGGCCGCGUCCCGCCCCGACCCAGUGUCAAAGUGCAGGACUGGUUUUUGUCCCUGAGGGGCAGCCCACACUGGGACUGGUUUCUGGGCCUCCUGCAGACUCUCCUCACUCUGUCAGAGCGCCAGCCCCACAAACCCYUCCUGACUUUCUUAUCUCAGAACUGGAGGACYGUGAGCGCCGUGCUGGAAGCUACACUUCAGGCUGUAAUCAGUGGGACAUACGGUCAGGCCAGUGCAGGCCUGCAGGGCUUCAUCUGCGCUCUGAAGGGCCGUAAUGAUUGCGCCUUCAGUGUCAGCUGGCUCCAGCAGCUGCURCAGUUUCUGGAAACGCGUAACUGGAAGCCAGUGGUCAGUUUACACCCAGCAAGCGAAGCUGCUGGACACACUAAAGGCUCGUUUGGACGUUUCAGGCCUUUCAGCAUGCCUCCUGAAGCCAUGAGACAGGAAGUGUCGCCUGCCAACGCAUCUGCAGAAGACAUGACGGCCUCGGAGGACGAGCCAGGCUUCAUGCAAACCUUCCUGCUGCAGGCUUUGUCCCGCUCAGGUGGGGGAGAGCGUGAGGCCAGUUUGCCUCAGAGGAACUUAGCUCUUGUUCAGAGUUUGGACGGGCUGAGGCGCGGCGUUCUGCACAGGGUGGGCAGCUCCGUCUACGGCAGCCUGAGGGACAAAGUGUCCCAAGUCACAGUGGCUCUGCUCGAUGACGUCAGCAACCUGGUGGACGGGCCGCUGCCCAACACUCGAGGUCGCUGCUCAGUCGGUGACUUGAGACAUUUGAUCUUAUGGGGGAUAAGACAUAAUGUGAUGUGGAACGCUCAGGCUUUGGGCUCUAAGGGUCUCCCAGGUUCACUCCCAUUUCUGUCCUGCCCCUCCAAACAAGGACCACCAGCUCAGCCGUCCUCAAAAAACCUUCAGGACACCAAAGGCUUCAAACCAAAGCGAAUCUUCGACGACUCGGCCGCACCUCACGGCCAGGACAGCAGGCAGAGAGAGCUGGAGUUCUCCACCUCUGCAGAAAUCCUGGAGGCGGCGUGUAACGAGUCCAUCCCAGGUUUGACCGGCGUUUCUAACUUCACCGUGUUCCUCUACUGUAAACUGUUUGAAGGCGAAAACGGGUCAGUUGAUCCCGCUGUGACUCAUCUGGGGCUGGACCUGCAUGCUACGUGCUCUGAUGCAGAAUGGUACCUGUCCGCUGCCGAGGAGGACUUCUUCUGGGUCCAUGUCUGCAGCGAGUACUUCGCCCACGAGUUCAACAACACCGUGUGUGCCAAYUCGUCCUUCUGGCUGCAGAGAGUGCAGCAGGCUGCGGCGCUGAAGGAUUAUCACUUUUUUAACCAGACAAGCCUUGACAGUCUGUGUGUGCAGCUUUCAGAUGAAGUGUCAGCGAGUCCAGGACUCAGUGAGAUCUGUGUGUCCCAGCUGGGCAGCAGGUCCCUCAGUGCUGAAACCUUCAGAGACUGCUUCCUGCCCAACCACUCAGUCCUGGUCUCAGGUCUGUGUGACMCACAGCAGUCCCUAUCAGAGGGAAGCUGGGCAGCAGCCUACUGCUCUAAGAUGCACAACGUCACCUCUGAGGACUCCUUCAGGGAGACUUGUGAGUACAGGGAGUGGACUGUGCAGCAUUUCACCAACUCCACCCUCCUGCGGCUGUGCAUACAGACGCAGGGACUGAGGGAGUACAUCUGUCUGAACGCUACUCUCUACCACCAGCUGGUGAGGUCAAAGCCUCAGCUGGAAGACGUCUGCGCAGACCUCCAAGCAGAGCAGGAAAGCAGAAAGUGCUUCCUGCAGCGGUUCUUCGACAUGCUCCCAGCGCGGUACGAGUUUGACACGUCUCAGCUGUGCGUGGAGCCGGCCCCGCUGCUGGCGGACCUCCUGCACAAGCUGAGCGUGUGCGAGAUGGAAGGAGGGGAGCAAGAGGGGUUUGUAGCGGCGCUGGGGUACCUGCUGCGUGUGCUGGACGUGGUGGUGGGGCUCUCCUCCGGGCUGGAUGAAGGGGAACGAGAGGCGAGGCAGGGUCUGGGUCAGGCCAUCCUGCUCUCCAGUCUGCUCGACAACACAUCCUGGACCGCUCUGCGGCCCGAGGCCUCGACGAGCGUCCUGCACACUGUGGGGGUCUUCCUGCGCAGGGAGCAGAACGCCACUCUGAAAGAGGACCUGCUGAGCUGCUUCAGCCCCAUCCUGUGGGACCUCAUUCAGCAGAACGAUAACUCAUCCACUCUCAGGGUUCUGCUGCAGGAGUACUUCCAGAUGCCCAGAGACAGCAUUCGCUCUCUGGUGAUGUCUGCUGAAAAAGAUGCUGUGAAGAGAUUCAUCUCCCACAUGCACCAAAGCUGGGACCAGCUUCAAGUUGAAACCAGCCAGGCUUCUCAACAAGAGCUACAGGCCAUGGAGACCAUGACGGCUGCUUUCAUCCAUAAGUUCCCCCGAGUGACCCCGGAGCUCUUUGUUGACCUCUCUCAGUUCAUCCCUUUCAUGUCUGUUUCUGACAUCAUGAGCUUCCCGGCCUCCUUGAUCGUCAACGACAGCGUGCUGACGGCCAUUCGUGACCACAGCUCAGAGAUGAAGCAGCUGCAGAAAAAGGCUUUUGUGAAGCGGCUGCUGCAGUCCAGCGCGGUGGGAGAUGUCCCCACGUGGCCACCGUACUUCCUCAGUUCUGUCCUCCCGCUCCUGCCGUACCUGCCUGUCAGUCACUUCCGUCAGCUGACGUCACAACAGCUUGCUCCUCUGGUGGAGUUGCUAGGCAACAGCAGCCUGGAUGGUGUGAGGGGGCGCCAUGUGCUUCGGACGCUUUUCAGCAAGAGAAAGAAUCUGACGGCUGAYGACCUGCUGAGAUUAGGAGUUCUUGCGUGCUACAUGGAUCCAGCAGACUUGGGUUUAUAUCUCCAGGACUCAGCUGUGUCCUCUGCUCUGUGGCAGCAGCUGUCUCGGUGUAUGUCCAAGGGCCUCAUCGAUGCUAAUGGCAGGCUGUCGUCCUGGCUGAUCCCAGCAGCGUCAGCCGAGCUGAACCUCAGCAGCACGACGUCUUCAGACCUGUCUGAUCUCACCGGUCUGCUGCCUCAGUUAGGAGCCUCCUUCCUGCUGCCUCUACCUUCACAAGAGCUGCAGGAAGUCCUGUCUCUGCCAGGACUUCACACAUAUUCACCAGCUCAGGCGUUUCAGAUUUUAUCCAGGCUCACAAAGGACGCCAACCUCUCCGUGGAAAGCCUGUGCCGCCUGAAGCCCCUACACUCCGCUCUGUUUCCUGCUCUGCUCACAGACCUCCGCUGGUCUGACAUCAGUGAUGAAGCCCGCUGUCCCUGCUGGAGAGAGAUGCUAACCGAGCUGAAGCCCAGCCACAGAGCCAUGCUGUACRGUGCAAUGCAGGAGGCUCUGCAUAGAGACUCAAAGAACAUCACUCAACAGGCAAACUGUCUGUUUCCUUUUGUUCCCCUGAGAAAGCUGAUACCGUACCUGAGUGGUGAAACCGUUUGGAGAGGCAUCAGCUCAUACAGAGACGUGCUCUGGUCGCCUCAGCAGGCUCAGUUUUUGUUCAGGAAGAUCCUUGAGUUUAAAAACAUUACCGUGAAGAACCUGAGAGAUCUGGGCAACAUUGCCGGUGGGAUGAGUUGUGAUUUUUUCAGGUUUUGGAUCAAUGACACAGAUUCGACAGGUUUGCUUCAGUUUGUCAGUGAACUUGCUGCCAGCUCCAGACCUGCUCUGAGAAAAUGCAUCAUGGAGGAACUGAGGAAUCGACCUGAACUCGACCUCAGCCUUUUAAAUUCUGGGUUUGCUGCAACUUUACCAGUGACGAUGAUAGAGAGCCUCUCCAACACGUCUGUCGGAGCCAUUCUGAGCCACAUUCAGUCACACUUUGUCGAUUUCCUGCAGCUGCCUCAUUAUAAACAGACAAAUUUAGCUGAGAAGGCCAUGGCCCGACUGGGCUCUUCUCUGUCUGAGGGGACGAUUGACGGCACUCUCCUGGAUGUCCUUGGAGCUCUGUUGCCUUUUUUGGACAGAGACAGCCUGGCUCUCGUGGAUAGAGGAGCUCUGGCUCUGCGGCUCGAGGACAUGAGGGGUUUCUGCCUUCCGAAAGAGGCUCUCAAAGAUAUUAGUGCCGUUCUGACUCAGAAAGACCUGUUUGGAGACCCGUCCAAAUGGCAGGUUGGGGACGUGGAACAUUUGGGCAGGCUUGUGUUUGCCCUCUCCACAAAGCAGAUUAACUCCAUUCCUCUGACGGUGCUGAACAGGGACGUGGUGGAGCAGGUCCUGGCGGGUCAGAGGCGCUGGCGGGACAGUGUGGUCGGUGAGGUCUGUAGCAGCCGGUGCGUGGACCAGGAUUACCACAGACAGCAGACUCAGAGUCUCCUUCGAGGGAUUGUCAAAGCACGGAACAGGAGGGCGAAACUGCCGAUUCCAAGCUGCACAGACAUCAGGGGGACGUUUCCUUCUGCCUGGACGUCCACCCAGCUCCGUCGGAUGUCUGCAGAGGAGCUGARAGUGUGCGUGGAGGUUCUGGGUCAGGAUUUGUCUCUGAGCUCCGAGCAGCGACGGGCGCUGUGGGUGAAACUCAGGCAGUUCUUCAGUCCCGUGAAGGAGCUGAGAGCAGACCAGGUUCUGAGUCUGGGAUCGGUGCUGACAGAGAUGGGUGACAGAGAGCUGCAGGACACCAACCUCACCCAUCCAGGCGUGUUGGCACAUCUGGGCACGCUGACGGGCUGGACUCCUCAAAAGAUGCGAGCGGUGACUCUAGGUGUGAUGCGGAGACGCAGACAGAAGGUGGAGCAGUUAACAUUUGUCGAUCUGGCAACGUUCGGUCAUCUGAUCUGUGGUCUGAACCCCUCAGAGAUCAAACGACUGAGCCCAUACGACCUCAGUGUGGCCGUCCUGUUCCUGCGGGACAUGUCCUUGCCCUGUUCGGAGCAGCAGAUGGAGGCUCUGACAACCCGUUUGUCCAGACCCGAGGCCUUUGGUCCGGUCAGCGCCUGGGGGCCGGAGAUCUUCUCUGAAAUUGGGACUCUGGCAGCGGGCCUGCCUGACUUGGUGCUGUCAGCUCUGCUGCGAGAACAGAUGGAGGGAAUCGCCCCUGAAGCUGUCGCCCUGAUGCCACCUGGAAAGAUGGCCGUGGUGUUCAGUGCGGUCCAGUUGUCGUGGCUGAGCACGGAKCAGGCGUGGGCGGUCACAGAGGCGCAGUGGGCCGAGCUGGGCCCGGAACAGAGGCACGCUGUCGGGCUUGCUCGCUACGAGGGCGACGUCCUGCUGGAGCUCAGAGGAAGAAACUCAUCUCCAUCAGUUCUGAAGGCAGGCGGCGUCACGUUCUGCUCCCUGAUUCUGUGCCUUUUGUUUCAGCAGCUCAUUUAAAAUGAUGAAACCCAAUUUAAUUUUCCUUUUCACUUCCCUUGGUAUUACAUUUGUACUUCAAAUAAAUAAUCAGAGCUGCCCCA